AUGGCUCCCGAGAAGCCUCAGGGCAACAUGCUGUGGGGAGGCCGCUUCACAGGCGGCCUCGAUCCCCUCAUGGUGGCGUACAACGAAUCCAUCUACUUCGACCGCGUGCUGCACAAGCAGGAUAUCCUCGGCAGCAUCGCCUUUGCCCGCGCCAACGCCAAGUCCGGCAUCAUCUCCCGCGCCGAGUUCGAGAAGCUUGAGCAGGGCCUCCUCGCCGUGGAGAAGGAGUGGGACGAGGGCACCUUUGUCAUCAAGCCCGGCGUGGACGAGGACAUUCACACUGCCAACGAGCGCAGGCUAGGCGAGAUCAUUGGCAAGGACCUCCGGAAGCUCGAGGAUUUCCUCGUCAGCUUCCUCCUCGUCAUCGCUAAGAGGGCGGAGCAGGAGGUCGAGUACGUCAUGCCCGGCUACACCCACCUGCAGAGGGCCCAGCCUAUCCGGUGGAGCCACUGGAUGCUGUCGUACGGCUUCCAGUUUGCCAGUGAUCUCGAGCGGUUGCGGGAGGUCAUCAAGAGGGUUAACCGUAGCCCCCUGGGCCUGGGCGCCCUCGCUGGUAACCCGUUUAAUAUCGACCGCGAGAUGAUGGCUGAGGAGCUCGGCUUCGAGGGCUUGAUCUGGAACUCGAUGGGCGGCGUCGCGGACCGGGACUUUGUCGCCGAGACCAUGCAGUGGGGCUCCAUGCUCAUGCUUCACAUCUCGCGCUGGGCCGAGGACCUCAUCAUCUACUCUACCGGCGAGUUCGGCUUCGUCCGCCUGUCCGACGCCUACUCCACCGGUAGCUCCCUCAUGCCCCAGAAGAAGAACCCGGACAGCCUCGAGCUCCUGCGCGGCAAGGCUGGUCGUACCAUGGGCCACGUCGUGGGCCUCAUGACCACGCUCAAGGGCCUGCCCAGUACCUACAACAAGGACCUCCAGGAGAGCGUCGAGCCCAUGCUCGACCACAUCAAGACGGUGGGCGACAGCAUCCAGAUCGCCGAGGGCGUCCUCGCCACCCUCGCCGUCCAGCCUGACAAGAUGCGUGCGGCCCUCGACCCCUUCAUGCUCGCCACCGACCUCGCCGACUACCUCGUCCGCAAAGGCGUGCCCUUCCGUGAGACCCACCACAUCUCGGGUCGCUGCGUCGCGCUCUCCGAGCAGACGGGUAUUCCGAUGAACGAGUUCACCUAUGACCAGUUCCGGGGUAUCGAUGAGAGGUUCGGCCAGGAUAUCAAGGGCGUUUUUAGCUACGAGAAGAGCGUCGAGAUGAGGGCGGCUAAGGGCGGCACGAGCACGUCGAGCGUGCUUGAGCAGGUCAAGGUGCUCAAGGCCAUGCUCGGGUUCAACCCCACUAGUAGCAAGAAGCAGCUCCACAACUCCUUCAUAGCUAUUCUCAGCAGCCCAGCUAAGUGGUAUCUUGCCCUUAUCAUCCUUUAUAUCAGUAAUAAGAAGCAGCUUGACAACUCCUUCACAGCUAUUCCUAGCAGCCCAGCUAAGUGGUGUCUGGCCUGUAUCAUCCUUCAUAUCAGGUUCAACCCCACUUGUACCAAGAAGCAGCUUCACAACUCCUUCAUGGCCAUUCCCAGCAGCCCAGCUAAGUGGUGUCCGGUCCCAACUAUCCUUCAUAUCAGGUUUAACCCCACUUAUACCAAGAAGCAGCUUCACAACUCCUUUAUGGCCUUUCUCAGCAGCCCAGCUAAGUGGUGUCUGGCCCCUAUUAUCCUUCAUAUCAGGUUCAACCCCACUAGUAGCAAGAAGCAGCUUUAUAACUCCUUCAUGGCCAUUCUCAGCAGCCCAGCUAAGUGGUGUCCGGCCCCUAUUAUCCUUCAUAUCAGGUUCAACCCCACUUAUACUAAGAAGCAGCUUCACAACUCCUUCAUGGCCAUUCUCAGCAGCCCAGCUAAGUGGUGUCUGGCCCCUAUUAUCCUUCAUAUCAGGUUCAACCCCACUAGUACUAAGAAGCAGCUUCACAACUCCUUCAUAGCCUUCCCUAGCAGCCCAGAUAAGUGGUGUCUGGCCCCAUUUAUCAUCCUUCAUAUCAGGUUCAACCCCACUAGUGGCAAGAAGCAGCUUCACAACUCCUUCAUGGCCUUUCCCAGCAGCCCAGCUAAGUGGUGUCUGGCCCCAUUUAUCAUCCUUCAUAUCAGGUUUAACCCUACUAGUAGCAAGAAGCAGCUUCACAACUCCUUCAUAGCCUUCCCUAGUAGCCCAGAUAAGUGGUGUCUGGCCCCCAUCAUCCUUCAUAUUAGGUUCAACCCUACUAGUAGCAAGAAGCAGCUUCACAACUCCUUCAUAGCCUUCCCUAGCAGCCCAGAUAAGUGGUGUCUGGCCCCAUUUAUCAUCCUUCAUAUUAGGUUCAACCCUACUAGUAGCAAGAAGCAGCUUCACAACUCCUUCAUGGCCAAUCUUAGCAGCCCAGAUAAGUGGUGUCUGGCCCCCAUCAUCCUUCAUAUUAGGUUCAACCCCACUAGUGGCAAGAAGCAGCUUCACAACUCCUUCAUGGCCUUUACCAGCAGCCCAGCUAAGUGGUGUCCGGCCCCAUUCACCAUCCUUCAUAUCAGGUUCAACCCCACUUAUACCAAGAAGCAGCUUCACAACUCCUUCAUAGCCUUCCCUAGUAGCCCAGAUAAGUGGUGUCUGGCCCCCAGCAUCCUUCAUAUUAGGUUCAACCCCACUAGUAGCAAGAAGCAGCUUCACAACUCCUUCAUAGCCUUCCCUAGCAGCCCAGAUAAGUGGUGUCUGGCCCCAUUUAUCAUCCUUCAUAUUAGGUUCAACCCCGCUAGUACCAAGAAGCAGCUUCACAACUCCUUCAUGGCCAUUCCUAGCAGCCCAGCUAAGUGGUGUCUGGCCCCAUUUAUCAUCCUUCAUAUCAGGUUCAACCCCACUUAUACCAAGAAGCAGCUUCACAACUCCUUCAUGGCCAUUCCUAGCAGCCCAGCUAAGUGGUGUCUGGCCCCAUUCACUAUCCUUCAUAUCAGGUUCAACCCCACUUAUACCAAGAAGCAGCUUCACAACUCCUUCAUGCCCAUUCUCAGCAGCCCAGCUAAGUGGUAUCUGGCCUUCAUCAUCCUUCAUAUCAGCCCAGCUAAGUGGUGUCUGGCCUAUAUCAUCCUUCAUAUCAGGUUCAACCCCACUUGUACCAAGAAGCAGCUUCACAACUCCUUCAUGGCCAUUCUCAGCAGCCCAGCUAAGUGGUGUCUGGCCUUCAUCAUCCUUCAUAUCAGGUUCAACCCCACUUGUACCAAGAAGCAGCUUCACAACUCCUUCAUGGCCAUUCUCAGCAGCCCAGCUAAGUGGUGUCCGGCCCCCACCAUCCUUUAUAUCAGGUUCAACCCCAUCAACCCCACUUUCAGGAAGAAGCAUCUUAGUAAUAGCCUCAAGCCCGAAGAGCGCUGCUAG